AUGGUACCUGGGGAAGCUGAGGUCUCGCUGUCGCUGCAAUCCCCUGUUGUAACGGAACCUGGCUUCCUUUAUUUGCCCCUCGAGCUGGAGGACAAGUUAUUGGGGCAAGAAAAAAGAUGUAUUUGGAAAGCUGGCAAACUGAAGAGCGGGGUGGCGGCUCAGCCCCGGGGCAGCACAGCACAGCCCCCACUGAAUGUCGCCAGUCCUCCGCCCCCUCUGCCUUCACCCCGAGACCCAUCUUUCCUGACCAACAUCACCUUCUUGAAGGUUCUUCUCUGGUUGGUCCUCCUGGGACUGUUUGUGGAACUGGAAUUUGGCCUGGCUUACUUCGUCCUGUCCUUGUUCUACUGGAUGUAUGUAGGGACACGAGGCCCUGGGGAGAGGAAGGAGGGAGAGAAGAGCGCCUACUCUGUGUUCAACCCGGGCUGCGAGGCCAUCCAGGGCACCCUGACUGCAGAGCAGCUGGAGCGCGAGUUACAGAUCGGACCCCCGGGGGGGACCUAAGGCGCAGCUCUGUCGCCGCACGGCCAAGCCGGACCCGUCUUCCUGGCCCCGGAGUGCAGGGACCUAGGACUGUGCAGUUCUCUGUGGCUCUGUGACUGCACAGUUCUCCGCUCUGUCCCAGACUCGGUGCUGCAAUUUUAUCUUUGACUUUCUUUUUGGCUUGGGUAAAAUUCCCUAAAAGACACUCACCAUGGGUCCGACAGUUUAUAAACGCUAUGUGCUCAGGAAAGGCGGGAGGCCUUUUUGUCUCAUUGGAGAGCACCGGGUGGGGAGUGCUAGGAAGGAAUGAUCAGGUAUAUUAUCAGGGCAGAAUUCUAAAUGUACAUAUUCUCUUUAGGUCUUCUAAUAUUUAUAGCAUUUUUUUCCCUAAAAAGUUUGAGUUCCAAGUUUUGGGGGGUUUCAUUUUGCUUCCUGUUAUAAUUCUUGCCUUUUCAGGAAUUAAUGAUAAUGCUAUAAAAUGUUCAUAAGACGUCUUUGUUUUUGGACACGGAUCCCCAUUCAUUAGCCAUCACCAUCUUCCAUUCUCAUUUUAUUCUGUCCCUGCUUGGUAAAGGAAGAAGAGACAAAGUGAUGGCUGUGGGGAGGGAUCUCACAAAAUAAAAUAGAGAUUUGGUGUAAUGUUAAUAGUGAUUAUUUAGUUAUUAAUCAGUGAUACAGUAAGCUAGGAAAAGUCUUAGGUGUGUUCAGAGGGGAGGGAAAGAAUUGAAUUUCAGACUUGUUGGCUGCUUCGGUUAUUCCUUAUUUUCCUUUUUUGGUACCGGGGAUUGAAUUCAGGUCCUUGCACUUGCAAAGCAGGUGGCAGAACCACUGAGCUAAAUGGCCCUAUUCCUUAUUUUCUAAGAGCUUCAAAGGCAGCAGUGCCUUGUGGCUCUGGUGAGAAUUAGUGACAAUCAGAGUUGAUUUCGUGUUCUUUCCUCUUCCAGUUUGAGUGCAUUGAAAUCAGGCAACAAUGUCGCCAUCAAGUACUUUUUCUAUGGAUCAUACUGAUAAGUAAAAGGACUCUAGUUUUCAACAAAACUUAUGUCCAAACUGUAGAUUU